UCUAACGUAUCCAGUACAUCUAACGUAUCCAGUACAUCUAACGUAUCCAGUACAUCUAACGCUACAUCUAACGUAUCCAGUACAUCUAACGUAUCCAGUACAUCUAACGUAUCCAGUAGCCAAUCCAGUACAUCUAACGUAUCCAGUACAUCUAACGUAUCCAGUACAUCUAACGUAUCCAGUGCA